AUGCGCGCGAAUCCCGCACGCGCCCUCAAAGACGCACAAAAUGGCGGAAUCCAUCUCUCAAACGGAGACUCCGACCGCAGUGACCACUGUGGGGUUGUCGACUGUGGCCGAACAUGAACCUAUAGUUUUGACACGUGAAAUCGAAAGUGCGUUUGGAAUAGUGCGUGUGCACGUGCAAGGUGAAUUGAAUGCAAAGUCUGGAAUGAAAGCCGUUUUUCUUACGGUUCACGACAUCGGAGCCAAUCAUUGUUCUUGGCGUGAAUUCGUUUCUUCCGAUUCGAUGACUGAAAUCAGGAAUCGUUCGCUUUUUUUGCAUUUGGAUGUCGUCGGACAACACGACGGCGCCGACGACGUCCCGGACGACGCAUUUCCUACUAUACAACAGAUGGGAGAACAAGUAAUUCCACAGGUUUUGGAUGCAUUGGAUGUUCCGUUAGUUGUGGGAGUGGGUGAGGGCGCGGGAGCCAAUAUGUUGGCCAGAUUCGGGUUGGCGCACCCGCAGCGCGUUUUGGGUUUAGUUUUGGUUCAUUUGGUUUCAUCUGAAGUCGGAUUUCUCGAGACAUUGAAAGACCGUCUAUUCGGACGACGAAAUUCGCAACAAAUGUCUUCUCUCGAUAUCGUCGCUCUUCAUAAGAUCGGACGUCAAACGGACGACGAAAGCGCGCGACGACUACUCGAGUCAUACGGAAAGCGCGUCCAAACUCUAAACGCUCGCAAUUUGCAGAAAUACGUCAAGACUUAUAUGAACCGCAAAGAGAUCCUCGAUCUGCGCGAUCUGGACGUUCUGCUCGUGACGGGCGCGCGGUCGCCCUAUUGCGCGGGCGUCGAAGCGAUUCACGCGAAAUGCAAUAAAACAAAGACUUCGCUUCUCAAAGUGGACGACGCGGUAGACGUCCUCAGCGAAUUUCCCGAAAAAUUGGCGCAAAAUCUGUUGCUUUUCGUGAAAGGUCUUGGAUUCCUCACCUCUUGUCCCGCAAUGGCCGACAGAAGCGACGCGACGACACUCAAGACUUUGGGAUCAAUCGGUCGUCGUCGUACUCUUUCAAUGGAAGAAUAUGACAUUCCGAGAAUAAGAAGACUUUCACUCACGAAAUGAGCGAUCGAUUCGAGUCUUAGAAUAAAAGUUAAUGUCGUCUGUGAUUAGGUUUUGAAGAAUCGGUGGUUUUUUAGCCUUGCAUUCAGGU